CUCUUUCCUAUUUUUCCACAUCCUCCUUGUAGCGUGGGGCCCAAAACUGGACACACUACUCCAGAUGAGGCCUCACCAAUGUCGAAUAGAAGGGACUGAUUCAAAUGAUUCAAAGUAAAUUAACAUAGGUUAGUAUGGUUGGUUAUGAAUUAAAAACAAACCUUUAGGCUCACGGUCUUCUAAGGAAUAGUGACCUCAUUUGAAAUAUACACUAGAUAAUAGCCAUACAUAAAUAUUUUUAUUAGCUUUUAAAAGAAUUUAUGACAAAUCAAAAUAUUAUUUCCUAAAACUAAAGUCAUGAAUGGAGAAAAAUUACUUGUAUCUUUUGUUGGAUUCACAUGCCACCAAACUGUUUUUAAAUACCCAGUAAUCUCUCAGACUCUGUGUAGACUAGAAAAAAAGAUGCAUCUUAAAAUCAGAUUAACUAAAAGAUUGAAACAUCACUUAACGCUUGUAGUAGACACAAAUUUAACACCUUUAAAAUCAUGUUAGUGGGUUCUUGGGGUAAGCCCAGUUUAUAACUUGAUUGACCAAUAUGGUUUAAAAAGUGUUAGUACUUAGAUACAGGUUUAAGUGAUGUUUCAUUCAUUUUAGCUAAUUCUGUUUUAGCAUACACUAUUUUUUUAAUUUAAAAAGACCUUCAAAUACCCCAGCGUAGAUGUUAAAUAUUUCUAAUCUAAUUUAUUGACUGUCUGAAACCUUCAUGUUGUUGGACAUAAUUUUGAACAGCAUGCACCUGCCAAAACUUGCUUACCAUAACCUUUAAAGUUCAGUCCAAGAUUUGGUCUGAAGUUCGUUGACUAGUGCUCAUUUGGAAUCAUAUUCUUGGAAACAUGAGGUAAAGCCCCUCCAAUUUCAAUCAACCAAAACCACAGUGAUCAUAUGAAUAUGGGUACGGAAUGUGUCAAUAUCCAAAGGAACACAUUAAAUCCAGGAAAGGCAAUCUUGUUUAGCUUUGGUGUUUCCUUGAGAUAAAGUGGGUGAUGAUAGCAUGAUGGGAACACUGAAAAUAUUAAAGUAACAUUAGUGCAAUGACUGCUACGUAUUUUGAAUUAGAAAGAGUAAACACUGCAGGCCUGAUUCUCAACAUAUGCCAGUGUAAAUCAGAAGUAAAAUCCACUGAAGUCAAGCCCCCAAAUUCAUAGGAAGGACACUCCUGUUUUUCUAUUUAGUGAAACUCCAUUUAAGUGUUGUCAAACACGUCAAAGUUACAUUUUGUCCUAGGCCAGGGCUUGCUACUUCAUGUCCAUUCCUGACUCUGUCAAUCAUUAUCCAACCAGUGUUUGGGGUGGAGCUGAAAUGCAGUAAAAAUAAGAGGUGAGAACGGGAAGUGUUCUAGUAUUUAUACCAGUACCAGAAAUGAUUCAGAUAAACCAGUCUUUCAUUUUGCAAUAUUUCUUUCUUACUUCAGGAUCCUAAACAGAUUCCUCUUUUCCUGCCCCACCCCCUCACCCAGUUCAUAUAAAACUCACUCUGCCUUUAGCAACACCUUGCUAGGCUGUUGUCUGUUAGUGCAUGAGUGUCUGCCUUCUCUCUAGGAGAAUGGACACUUACAUCUCUACAGCUGACCCUUCUGUCUUGCUCUGCUUGGGUGUGACUGCAGCAUUUGGAAUAAUCACGUUUUACAAAGUCAAGAAGAACCAGGUGGAGAAAAAGUGUAUAUUUGCCCGUGAUCUCCUCGUGCUACUUUUAUUGGAAAUACUCUGUUUUGUCACGCUGAAAAGUUAUGUAGGCUUAAUCCUGUUCUCUAUGGCAUGUCUCAUCUGUUACAUUUACUUACCAGUUCAAACAAUGUUACUUGUGGACAACAAAGCUGUAUUGAUCACAGGAAGUGAUUCCGGAAUUGGACAUGCAUUGGCAAAGUACUUUGACAAUUUAGGAUUUGUUGUAUUUGCUGGUGUCUUGAAUAGCGAAGGACCUGGGGCUGAAGAAUUAAAAAGAAGCUGUUCCCAGAGACUUUGUGUCCUGCAGCUGGAUAUAACCAGUUCUUCACAAAUUAAGGAAGCCUAUCUUAACAUUUCAGAGAUGGUGCAAAAUACAGGGUUAUGGGGUGUUGUUAACAAUGCUGGAAUCCUGGGGUUUACUGCAGAUGGUGAGCUGCUGCCCAUGAGUGUUUACAAGCAGUGUAUGGAUGUGAAUUUCUUUGGGCAUGUAGAGGUGACCAAAAUGUUUUUACCGUUACUUCGGAAAUCCAAAGGAAGGCUAAUUAAUAUCUCAAGUAUGGCAGGAGGCAUUCCGAUGCCAAGAUUUGCCGCAUAUGGUGCAUCAAAAGCCGCUCUGUCCAUGUUUUCCGGAGUAAUGAGGCAGGAGCUUGCCAAAUGGGGAAUUAAAGUUGCUGCAGUUCAUCCAGCAGGCUUCAGAACAUGCAUACAAGGUACAUCUGAGCUGUGGGCUAAGCAAGAAAAGCAUCUUCUGGAGAAUCUCACACCAGAUGUGAAGAAAGAUUAUGGUGAAGACUACAUUCAAGCACUGAAAAAUUUCCUCCUGCACAUGCCAGUUCAUUGUGCCUCUGACCUCUCUCCAGUAUUAGAUGAUGUUCUCCAUGCUUUACUGGCAAAGAGUCCACAUGGUUUAUACACUCCAGGCAAAAGGGCUUACCUAGGUCUAUGUACCUUUUGCUAUUUUCCUCUCUGGUUUUAUGAUUUUUUCAUGGGUAAGAUGCAAAGUACCAAGAGUGUACCCAGCGCGUUAAAGGCAUCAGAGGCCAAAAACAAGAACACGUAGGCAGAGUAUGGAAUUCCGUCAGUAUUUUAAAUUACACUGUGAGAACAGGGCAAGGUUUUGUGUGAAGACAGCGUUUGCUACAUUGUAAUUUAUUGGGGCCCUUUGCUCGUCAAGUUGCAUUCCAGCUGCUGGGCAACUGGGUUAAUCUUCAAGCGUUGUAUAUUUUAGGCCUUGUCUACAUUACGGGGGUGGUGAUGGUGGUGGUGGGGAGAUUGAUCUAAAUUAUGCAACUUCAGCUCCAUGAAUAACUUAGAUCUACUUACCGCAGGGUCCACACUAUGCUAUGUUGACUGGAGACUCUCUCCUGUCAACUCCCCUUGUGCUUUUCAUUCAGGUGGAACAUAGGAGUCGACAGGAGCAUGAUCGGUGGUCAAUUUACCUGCUAAAUUGACUGCCAAUGCAUUGAUCGCCACACGUCGAACCCCCAGUAAGUGUACACAAGCUCUUAGUGUUCAUGAAAGGUGGAGGAAGGGCAGCACAAGCAGGAACAGUGAUGGCUUCCCUUCACAGUGUCCCCUACCCCACAUUGUGCCCUUCUCUUUGGGAAGUAAGUGGUUAGUUUAGGCUCCAUGCCCUGUCCGUCCAUCUUUUUGCUGAGUUUGCUUCAUCCGCCCAGUGAAUGCCAAACAUUAUGAAGCUCAUUAUGAAAUCACACAUUGUAUGACACAGGCCUCCGUGCCUACAGGGGCAUAAGAUCCCACCCCACAUUGCUGCAUUAGCACUCUCUAAACAUGGCUUCAGGACCUGUAAGGAAGGUAGGGGACUGCAUCCCUGGUACUCCCUGUGUUGGGGUUAUAGACCCCAUGCUGAUGAGGACAGGGCCAGAUCCUGGGUGCCAAGCCUAGCCCCCUCCCCUCAGCCCUGCCAACAGUGUAUGGUAGGGAGGACGCCUUUAAAAGGGAGGAAACUAAACUGCAGACAGAUGGGCGAGGAGCAUGAUUGCCAUAAGCAGAAGGCUGCUGGAGUGACUCCUCGAGCCACAGCCAAGCGAUCUUCACCCCAGCCCUACAGAGUGUGCAGUGAACUCACAAUCUAAGCCCGCUCAUCGGCCCUGCCAGAGAGAUCUCUCAAAACUCCUAGGCAGGUGGUAUUGCUGGCACUACUGUGGGCUCCCCCCCACCCAACACCUUUGGGAGACCCUGGGAAGGGGAUAACCUCCAAUGCAUCGGGGGAUUUGACUUUCCUUUUGAUUCCCCCAUCCAGAGAGACUUAACUGCCUGCAAAGGGCAGGUCCCCUUGUCAGUAGUAAGGAAGUGGGGUCUGUGCUGGAGCCACCUGGGUGUGGUCAGGUUCUCCCACCAUCUGGGAGAAAAGCCUCAGGGGUCUCCCUUCCCUCUCUGGUAGGUGCGUGCGGGGCAGAGGUUAGAGAGGGUCAGGCAUCACAUUAUCUCUGCUUCCCAUCAGCCCAACUAACACAGGAGAGUGGGGGCAAAGGCAGAUGAUGUGGCAGAAGCAUGCUGCACCCAGUAAAGGGGUAGGGGCAGAGGGCAUUCCUUACCCAGGUCUGACUCUUAAAGUCUCAAGCUAGCCCAUAAUGUUUAAAGCCAUAUUGUCAUGAGCCUCACUUUGGAAAUGAAAGUAGCAAUAGAUCAGGCUGGUCCUCUCUCUUUCUGAUUAUGAAUGCUCUCUCCUGUUGGGGUGUGGAUACAUGCAUGUCCUACUUUCAGUAGAAUUGGCCUGGUUUCUAACAAAUAAAUUGACUUUGCCAAAA